UUCAUGAUUAUAGAUAAGAGAAGUUAACUUCAGGAUGCUAAAAAGAAAACAGAGUUCAAGGGUGGAAGCCCAACCAGUUACAGAUUUUGGUCCCGAUGAAUCUUUGUCAGACAAUGCAGAUAUUCUAUGGAUUAACAAACCAUGGGUGCACUCUUUACUACGAAUUUGUGCCAUCAUCAGUGUUAUUUCAGUGUGUAUGAACACUCCAAAAACCUUCGAGCAUUAUCCGCCUCUCCAGUAUGUGACAUUUGCUCUUGAUACUCUGUUGAUGUUUCUUUACACUGCAGAGAUGAUAGCAAAAAUGCAUAUCCGUGGGAUAGUUAAGGGUGAUAGCUCCUACGUAAAGGAUCGUUGGUGUGUGUUUGAUGGAUUCAUGGUCUUUUGUCUUUGGGUGUCGCUGGUUUUGCAGGUGUUUGAAAUAGCUGAAAUAGUUGACCAAAUGUCCCCUUGGGGCAUGUUACGGAUUCCACGACCGCUCAUUAUGAUUCGAGCAUUCCGAAUAUAUUUUCGUUUUGAGCUGCCAAGAACUAGGAUAACAAAUAUCUUGAAGCGUUCUGGAGAGCAGAUAUGGAGCGUUUCAAUUUUCCUUCUGUUCUUUCUUCUCCUGUAUGGGAUCCUGGGAGUGCAGAUGUUUGGAACUUUUACAUACCAUUGUGUGACUGAUGACACGCAGCCAGGAAAUGUAACCUGGAAUAAUUUAGCUAUCCCAGACACGCACUGUUCCAGAGAGCUAGAAGAAGGUUACCAGUGCCCACCUGGAUUUAAAUGCAUGGACCUUGAAGAUCUGGGACUAAGCAGGCAAGAGCUGGGCUACAGUGGCUUUAAUGAGAUAGGCACAAGCAUAUUUACUGUUUAUGAAGCUGCCUCUCAGGAAGGCUGGGUGUUUCUCAUGUACCGAGCAAUCGACAGUUUUCCCCGAUGGCGUUCAUAUUUCUAUUUCAUCACCUUAAUUUUCUUUCUGGCCUGGCUUGUUAAGAAUGUUUUUAUUGCAGUCAUCAUUGAAACGUUUGCAGAAAUUAGAGUGCAGUUCCAGCAGAUGUGGGGGUCCAGAAGCAGUACUACUUCAACUGCCACCACUCAGAUGUUUCAUGAAGAUGCUGCUGGAGGUUGGCAGCUUGUAGCUGUUGAUGUGAAUAAACCCCAAGGCAGAGCUCCCGCAUGUCUACAGAAAAUGAUGAGGUCAUCUGUGUUUCAUAUGUUCAUACUAAGUAUGGUUGCUGUUGAUGUGAUUGUUGCUGCUAGCAACUACUAUAAAGGGGAAAAUUUCAAGAGACAAUAUGAUGAAUUUUACCUUGCUGAGGUUGCUUUUACAGUUCUGUUUGAUUUAGAAGCUCUUCUGAAGAUCUGGUGUUUGGGUUUCACAGGAUACAUCAGCUCAUCUCUUCACAAGUUUGAGUUGCUGCUUGUAGUUGGAACCACUCUCCAUAUUUAUCCAGACCUCUAUCACUCGCAAUUUACAUAUUUUCAGGUUCUUAGAGUAGUUCGGCUUAUAAAGAUUUCUCCUGCUUUGGAGGAUUUUGUGUAUAAGAUAUUUGGACCAGGAAAAAAACUUGGGAGUUUGGUAGUAUUUACUGCCAGCCUUUUGAUCGUUAUGUCAGCAAUCAGUUUACAGAUGUUUUGCUUUGUGGAAGAACUGGAUAGAUUUACAACCUUUCCAAGGGCAUUCAUGUCAAUGUUUCAGAUUCUCACACAGGAAGGAUGGGUGGAUGUCAUGGAUCAGACCCUGAAUGCUGUAGGACAUAUGUGGGCACCUGUAGUUGCUAUUUAUUUUAUACUAUAUCAUCUUUUUGCUACUCUGAUUCUACUCAGCUUGUUUGUUGCUGUUAUUUUGGACAACUUGGAACUUGAUGAAGAUCUGAAGAAACUUAAACAACUAAAGCAAAGUGAAGCUAAUGCAGAUACAAAGGAAAAGCUUCCCUUGCGUCUACGCAUCUUUGAAAAAUUUCCUAACAGGCCACAAAUGGUGAAAAUCUCGAAGCUUCCUUCAGAUUUCACAGUUCCAAAAAUAAGGGAAAGUUUUAUGAAGCAGUUUAUUGAUCGCCAGCAACAAGAUACCAGCUGUUUGCUGCGAAGACUUCCUUCGGCAUCUUCUUCCUCGUGUGACCACUCUAAAAGAUCAGCAAUUGAAGAAAACAGAUAUAUUGAUCAAAAGCUCCGUAAAUCUGUUUUCAGCAUCAGAGCAAGAAACCUUCUGGAAAAAGAGACAGCAAUAAAUAAAAUUCUAAGGGCCUGUACUAGACAACGCAUGCUGAGCGGAUCAUUUGAGGGGCAGCCAGCCAAGGAAAGGUCAAUACUUAGUGUCCAGCAUCAUAUACGACAAGAACGCAGGUCACUGAGACAUGGUUCGAACAGCCAGCGAAUCAGCAGAGGAAAAUCUCUUGAAACAUUGACUCAAGAUCACUCCAACACAGUGAGAUACAGAAAUGCACAGAGAGAAGACAGUGAGAUAAAGAUGAUCCAAGAAAAAAAGGAACAAGCUGAAAUGAAAAGGAAAGUCCAGGAGGAGGAGCUGAGAGAGAAUCACCCGUAUUUCGAUAAACCCCUUUUCAUAGUUGGCCGUGAGCACAGAUUCAGGAACUUCUGCCGAGUGGUGGUACGGGCUCGCUUUAAUGCUUCUAAAACAGAUCCUGUUACUGGAGCUGUGAAAAAUACCAAAUACCAUCAGCUUUAUGACUUGCUGGGUUUGGUUACUUACCUGGACUGGGUCAUGAUCAUUGUUACGAUAUGCUCCUGCAUUUCCAUGAUGUUCGAAUCCCCUUUUAGAAGAGUUAUGCAUGCUCCAACACUCCAGAUUGCUGAAUAUGUUUUUGUAAUAUUCAUGAGCAUUGAGCUUAAUCUGAAGAUUAUGGCAGAUGGCUUGUUCUUUACACCAACAGCUGUCAUUAGGGAUUUUGGAGGAGUUAUGGACAUAUUUAUAUAUCUUGUGAGUUUGAUAUUCCUGUGCUGGAUGCCUCAGAACGUCCCUGCCAAAUCCGGAGCUCAGCUCUUGAUGGUGCUGCGCUGCCUCCGACCUCUUCGGAUUUUCAAACUGGUCCCUCAGAUGAGAAAAGUGGUGCGAGAGCUCUUCAGUGGCUUUAAGGAAAUUUUUUUGGUUUCUAUUCUUUUGCUUACGUUAAUGCUUGUUUUCGCAAGCUUUGGAGUGCAGCUAUUUGCUGGAAAACUGGCUAAAUGCAAUGAUCCUCACAUCAUUUCUAGGGAAGAUUGUCAUGGCAUCUUCAGAAUAAAUGUAAGUGUUUCCAAAAAUCUCAAUUUAAAGUUAAGACCUGGAGAGAAAAAGCCUGGAUUUUGGGUGCCACGAGUCUGGGCAAAUCCUCGGAAUUUUAAUUUUGACAAUGUGGGCAAUGCAAUGCUGGCACUAUUUGAAGUUCUGUCAUUAAAAGGCUGGGUGGAAGUCAGAGAUGUUAUCAUCCAUCGUGUUGGGCCGAUCCAUGGAAUCUACAUCCAUGUUUUUGUAUUCCUUGGCUGCAUGAUUGGACUGACCCUUUUUGUUGGAGUUGUCAUCGCUAAUUUUAAUGAAAACAAGGGGACAGCUUUACUGACUGUAGAUCAGAGACGUUGGGAAGAUCUGAAAAGCAGACUGAAGAUAGCACAACCUCUUCAUCUCCCACCUCGUCCGGAUAACGAUGGUUUUAGAGCGAAAAUGUAUGAUAUAACUCAGCAUCCAUUUUUUAAGAGAACUAUUGCUGUACUCGUUCUGGCCCAGUCCGUGUUGUUAUCAGUUAAGUGGGAUGCUGCAGAUCCAGUGACUGUGCCUUUAGCAACAAUGUCUGUUGUUUUCACCUUCAUUUUUGUCCUUGAGGUCACAAUGAAGAUUAUUGCCAUGUCACCUUCUGGCUUCUGGCAAAGCAGAAGAAAUCGGUAUGAUCUCUUGGUGACAUCUCUUGGAGUUAUAUGGGUCAUACUUCACUUUGCCUUACUGAAUGCAUACACAUACAUGAUGGGGGCAUGUGUAAUUGUCUUCAGAUUUUUCUCCAUUUGUGGGAAGCAUGUAACACUAAAAAUGCUUCUCCUUACUGUGGUUGUCAGCAUGUACAAGAGUUUCUUCAUCAUAGUGGGCAUGUUCUUACUGCUUCUUUGUUAUGCUUUUGCUGGAGUGGUGUUAUUUGGUACAGUGAAAUAUGGAGAGAACAUUAACAGACAUGCAAAUUUUUCAUCAGCUGGCAAGGCUAUUACUGUACUCUUCAGAAUAGUUACUGGAGAAGACUGGAACAAAAUUAUGCAUGACUGCAUGGUUCAGCCUCCAUUUUGUACACCAGAUAACAGCACCUACUGGAAAACAGACUGUGGAAAUUAUGCUGGUGCUCUUAUGUAUUUCUGUUCUUUCUAUGUCAUCAUUGCAUACAUCAUGCUGAAUUUGCUUGUUGCUAUCAUUGUGGAGAAUUUCUCAUUGUUUUACUCAACCGAAGAAGAUCAGCUUUUAAGUUAUAAUGAUCUAAGGCAUUUUCAAAUUAUAUGGAACAUGGUUGAUGACAAAAGAGAGGGUGUCAUCCCUACAUUCCGGGUGAAAUUCCUGCUGAGGCUUCUGCGAGGCAGGCUGGAGGUGGAUCUCGACAAGGACAAGCUGCUGUUUAAGCACAUGUGCUAUGAAAUGGAGCGGCUCCACAAUGGUGGUGAUGUCACUUUUCAUGAUGUGCUCAGCAUGCUUUCAUAUAGGUCUGUUGAUAUCAGAAAAAGUCUUCAACUGGAAGAGCUGCUUGCUAGGGAGCAACUGGAAUAUACCAUAGAAGAGGAGGUGGCCAAACAGACCAUACGAAUGUGGCUGAAAAAGUGCUUAAAGCGAAUCAGAGCAAAACAGCAGCAGUCGUGCAGCAUUAUCCACAGCCUAAGAGAGAGCCAACAGCAGGAGUUGAGCCGAUUUCUGAAUCCUCCCAGCAUUGAGACAACACAGCCAAGUGAAGAUAUGAAUGCUAUUAAUCAAGACAACAGUGCACAGCCAGAGACAAGUAGCCAGCAGCAGCUCCUUAGCCCGACACUCUCUGACAGAGGUGGCUAUAGACAAGACACUGGAGAUGCUGGGAGACACUGUCCUCAGCGGAAAAUCGGGCAAUGGCGCUUGCCAUCAGCCCCCAAACCAAUAAGCCAUUCAGUGUCUUCAGUCAACCUCCGUUUUGGUGGACGUUCAACUGUGAAAUCUGUUGCAUGCAAAAUGAAUCCCAUGUCUGACGCUACUUCCUGUGGAUCAGAAGUCAAGAAAUGGUGGACAAGGCAAUUAACUGUGGAGAGUGAUGAGAGUGGAGAGGACCUUCUUGAUAUCUGAGAGGCAUUUAAGUCAUACCACAAUCUAAUUUUCUAUAUUUAGAAUUAAAGAUGCUGUAUGAUUUCUUUAAAAUCAAUGUCGUAAAUUUUAAAGAUGUAAUGUAUGAUUUCUUUAAAACCAAUGUCAUAAAUUUUAUCUUUUGCUUAUUGUCUGCCAUAUGAAGUGUAGCACGCACUUCUGUUUUAGAAUUGACUUCUGUAGGUACUAACUGUACUCUAAGAAACCUGUAUACUAUAGCAGUACUAACAAAGCCAGAAAGACUAUAUUGCCUUUAGCAGACAGAGCAUUGAAAAAUUUCAUGUGUUCUGUAGAAUCACAGUGAAAAUUUGAUAUAUACACCUCUGUGUUUUCCUUCAACAUUUACCAUACUUUAAGGUGGCAACAUUUUACAAUACAGGGGUAAUGUAUUUCUUCUUCUGUUUUUCCUCAGUUCGUACUUAGUAACAUUCCUUUAGAAAAAUUUUAUUAUUCACAAAUGACCUGAAGAGGUCAGCACUGACUUCAUGUUCAAGGGAAGUAUUUUUACUAAGUACAGAUACUGAAUUACAAUUCUAAGCUUUCUCUGGAUCUUUUUUAAAAUAUGCAAGAUACAGGAUUACUCAUUUUAAAAUCAGAAGGUGAAGGAUUGGCUUUUAAAAUGUAAAUAUCUUUGAGGUUUGAUUAAUUAUGCAAAGAGCUUGAUUUCCGUAGAGAAAAUGGGGGGGAGGGAAUACAUGAAAAACUGUGCAUUUAAGCAUCCAGCAGAAGACUUUCACAUGAAAAACAUGGAUUUAUACUUCAUUUUCAGCAUAUACUGGUUACAUAUAUGUGUGGUGUCAUUAUUCUUCUUUUAAUUGGGUCCCAUUUUUCUUGUGUAGUCGCAAGAUUUUCUUCUUGUCUGUGAUAAAAAUUAGCAUGUUGGGGUUCUAAUUACAAAAUUGUAUUAUAUGUCUUUAAAAAUGCGUUUAGUUUUGCCUGUAUAGGUAGAAUUUUACUUACCCAUGUUACUGCUCAUGCUACAGGCCUGCAAAGGUAAGGCAUGGCACCGUGCUGUGGCUAAGUACCUUUGUCCCUUUUAUCCCAGCCCAUCAUAUUUGACAUGUUAGCCUUCACUUGUUUUAUGAGCGCUACGUUAUCGCUGGUGAAAAAGCAGCUAUCGUUUUCAUAAAAGCUUUUCCAGUGAAAAGCCAGUGCUAUACGGAUAUGGAGGUGGAGAAGGAGAGCCAAAAAUCACAGCCGUGUUUGCUAGUUUCAGAAUCUAAGGCUGUCAAAAAAUGUGGGGUAAAAUUGUGCCCUUCCCUCAGGGAAGAACUAAGAGGUUGCAGAUUUUGUUGCUUGGCCCCUGACUAGGUUUUAUAGCAUAGCUGGGACCUUUCUGUUACCAUUGUUUCCUAUGGAAAUGAUAGUUUGCUCUAACAUGGCCUGAUGUGAGAUCUUGUAAGAGGCUCACGGUUUAUUUACAUCACCACUUCAAAAAGAUAUCCUUUCAAAAGCAGACAAAAGCCAGUGUUUUGCAAUUUUUUCUGGCCAAGUGGUCAGAAUACAACAGUGGAAACACACAGAUGCCUUCACCAAAAAUGCAAAAUCAGUUUUGGCCAUGAAAUAAAGCUUUCUUGGCAUCUGUCAAUGUUUUUUCCCAGUAUAUGGUUGAACAUGGUUUAGAUUUUUUUUUUUUCAAAAAUAAUUAUAUUGAACACAUCUGUAUUUUGUGGGGGGUUUACGUGUUUUGGGACAUAUUUAAGUUUAAAUCUAGUCAACUGUAUAUAGUAAAAGAAUAUGUGCAUUCUCUUGUUUACUAGAUCAUGAACCAUCAACAAAGCUUCAUAUGCAAAUCCAUUACUUUGUUC